AUGAGUCCACCAAGCCAGGCCAUAAAUACAGUGGAGGAAUCAAAGAUUCCCAUGAUGGAGGGUGAGGACCAGGAGGAGGACUCAAAGGAACCAUCUCAAGAUGAACACAACUACAGACGGCACAACUGUCGACGAUGCCUCCUGUUCUCGGUUGUCUUGGUGUUGUUGGGUGGAGCUGGAGCAAUAGCAUGGUAUUUCUUUGAUUAUAAACCCCAUUUUUGGGAGUCAACUUCCCUGCAUUUCUACUCUGGCAGUCUGAGGAUCCUCAACCGACAGUAUUCCCUGGACCACGGGCGGAUGGAAUCCAGAGCCUUUUGGACAGAGACGGCCAAGAUGCAGAGGAUGCUGAAAGACCUUAUUCAUGCCUCUGAACUGGCUCCUUACUACAACUCCACCACCAUCUAUGCCUUUGGGGAGGGAUCUCUGACCUGCUUCUUCUGGUUUGCUCUUCAAGUCCCAAAAAGCCAGCACAAGGAGAUGACUGCUGAGAAGGUGAACACCAUGCUGUACAGGCAGCUGCUUGCCAGCACUAAUCAAACAGGCCACUUUGCCAUUCGGACCGAGUACAAGAUUGAGCCAGAAUCCUUGGUUCUGCUAGAAUCCAGUGUGAAAGACAUAAUAGUGCUGAAAUCCACAUUGGGUUGCUACAGAUACAGUUACAUCAUGGCAGAUGAAGCCCUGAGGCUGAAGCGCCCGGAUUACCUGGCCUCCAGUUGCCUGUGGCAUCUUCAUGCUCCCAAAGGUCACAUGAUCAAGCUGCACUUGGAGUGGACCCUCUCGGAAUGCAGGGACAGGCUAGCCAUGUACGACGUUGCUGGACCACUGGAGAAGCAACUCAUCACUUCGCUGUAUGGCUGCAGCCGCCAGGAACCCAUGGUGGAAGUCCUGUCUUCCGGACCUGUCAUGUCUGUGGUCUGGAAGAAGGGGAUGUACAGUUACGAUGAUCCUUUUAUACUAUCAGCCCAGGCUGUGCCCUUUAAAGCCUGCCAAAUGAAUCUGACACUGCAGGGAAGCCUGGAAAUACAAGGGAACAUCAAGACUCCCUACUACCCCAGUUACUAUGCACCCAACACGCAGUGCACAUGGCACAUGACGGUUCCAUCUCUGGAAUAUGGAGUGGUCCUCUGGUUUGAUGCUUACACUCUCAGCAGACAGAGCAGUGAUCUGCCAUGUACGCAAGGGCAGUGGACCAUCCAGAAUAGAAGGCUGUGCGGCCUGCGGAGUUUGCAAGCCUAUGCGGAAAGGAUCCCUGUCGUGUCCAGCGCCGGCGUCACCAUCAACUUCACCUCUCAGAUCACCCUUACUGGGCCGGGAGUGCAGGCUGCUUACAGCCUGUAUAAUCAAUCAGACCCAUGUCCCGGAGAGGCCCUUUGUUCUGUGAAUGGUUUGUGCGUCCCAGCUUGUGAUGGGAUCAAAGACUGCCCUAAUGGACUUGAUGAAAGAAACUGUGUAUGCCCUGCAAAAUUCCAGUGUCAUGAGGACAGCACGUGCCUAGAGUUCUCCAGGGUCUGUGAUAAACAUCUGGACUGUAUCAAUGGGAGCGAUGAGGAACGGUGCAAUGAAGGAGUUCCCUGCAGCCCUUUCACCUACCAAUGUGCUGACAAGAGCUGUGUAAAGAAACCCAACCCUCGUUGCGACUCCGUUCCUGACUGCAAGGAUCACUCUGAUGAGAUGAACUGUGAUUGUGGACUGCGGGGUCCAGUUAAUCGGAUUGUGGGGGGUGUUGAUGCACUUGAAGAGGAGUGGCCGUGGCAAGCCAGCCUGCAGGUUCGUGGACACCAUGUUUGCGGCGGAACACUGAUUGCAGACCGCUGGGUGAUCACCGCUGCGCAUUGUUUCCAGGAAGACAGACUGGCUUCUCCCACUGUCUGGACGGUCUACCUUGGCAAGUAUUUUCUGAACAUCACUAGCCACAACGAGGUCUCCUUCAAGGUGAGCCGCAUCCUGCAGCAUCCUUAUUACGAGGAGGACAGCCAUGACUAUGAUGUUGCCCUGCUGCAGCUCGACCAUCCCGUUGUCUAUUCCUCUUCCAUCCGACGCAUCUGCCUGCCUGCAAGCUCCCACCUCUUUGAGGCUGGCCUCUUCUGCUGGAUCACUGGCUGGGGAGCAGUCAAGGAAGGAGGUCCCACCAGUAAGGUCUUGCAAAAGGCAAAUAUAUCUCUAGUGCAACAGGAUGUCUGCAAUGAAGUCUAUCACUACCGGGUCACACCCAGAAUGCUUUGUGCCGGCUACCAUGACGGAAAGAAGGAUUCUUGUCAGGGUGACUCUGGAGGACCUCUUGCCUGCCAGGAGCCUAGCGGCAGGUGGUUCCUGGCUGGUCUGGUGAGCUGGGGCCUGGGAUGUGCACGCCCCAAUUACUAUGGAGUCUACACCAGAAUCACCUCAGUGAUGAGCUGGAUGAAGCAGGCCAUGAUGAGCUAA